AUGGCGGCUAACGCGGAGGGGGAGGCGGCGGCGUUGCCCGAGGAAUGGCGGCUUUACCUCGUCCCCACCCGCGCCGCUACCUUCCGUAACUGGCCCUUCACCGAAGGUUGCGCCUGUACCCCCGAGAGGAUGGCGGCGGCGGGUUUCGUGCACUGCCCCAGCGAGAACGGCCCCGACGUGGCGCAGUGUUUCUUCUGCUUCAAGGAGCUGGAGGGUUGGGAGCCCGACGACGACCCCCUGGAGGAACACCAAAAACACUCUGCGGGCUGUGCGUUUCUUUCCCUUCAGAAAGAUCCUACUCGCCUGACGCUACAGGAGUUCCUAAAGCUGGACAAAGAACGAAUGAAAAAUGCAAUUAAAAAAGAAAUUUCUCAGAAGGUGACCGAGGUUGAAGAUGCAGCCAAGAGCGUGCGUCGUGAAAUAGAGAAUCUGGUCUCCUAGGCUACUGUAGCUUCUCCCUUGCCGGUGACAUCUGUCUUGUAUGUGUGCUUUGGCACUGCCACUUUGACUGAAUGGCUGGCUGUGUUUCCCGAGACUUCUUUCAGAAUGCCCGUCUCCGUGAGAAGCAGACCGAAUUCUCCUUCACUCACCUGAGUCUGUCUGGGAAGUAGCUGGGGUUUGAUGCACUGCGUACGUAAUCUUU